AUGGAUGAUAUAAUCAUUACAGGUGAUUCUGAUGAAGAAAUUUCUCUUGUAAUACAGCAACUCAAUGUCAUAUUUGUCCUAAAAAAUAUGGGAGAACUACAUUACUUUCUUGAAAUUCAGGUGACCAAGACUGGUGCUGGUGGUUUUAUGCUGUCCCAAGAAAAAUAUGUUAAAGAUUUACUCAAGAAGGCUGAUAUGGAACACUGCAAGCCAUGCCACACACCUCUCCCAUCUUCAGUCAAAUUCUCUACCUUUGGGGGUUCAGUGUUUCACAAUUCAAAACUCUACCGUUCAAUUAUGGGUAGCUUGCAGUAUCUUACGGUCACAUGUCCGGAAUUAACAUAUUGUGUUGGCAAAGUCUCACAAUUUAUGCAAACCCCUUUGGAUAAACACUGGAAAUUGGUGAAAAGAGUGCUGAAAUAUGUGAAAGACACAUCAAGUUUUGGCUUACACUUACGUAAGACGAGUGUACAAAACAUUGUAGCCUAUAGUGAUUCGGAUUGA